AUGGCCACCAACGGCACCAACGGCACCAACGGCGCCCACGCCGCGCCAGAGAUCAUUCUGUAUACCAACCACGGCUGCCCCUGGGCGCAUCGGGCUCAUGUCGCGAUCAAGGAGCUCGGCCUGCCCUACAAGGAGGAGAUUAUCGACCUGGACAGGCCCCGUGAUCCGUGGUAUUUGAAGGUGAAUCCGCGCGGCCUCGUCCCCAGCAUCAACUACAACGGCCACAUCAUUACCGAGUCGGCCGUGGUCACGCAGUUCCUGGCCGACGCACACCCGUCCCAUCUGCUGCCGCCCACCGGCUCCGUCGACGACGCCCUGUAUCGCGCCCGCGUGGCUUUCUUCGUUGACACUUUUAUCUCCAAGGCCCUGCCGCAGAUAUUUGCCGGCCAGCGCGCACAGUCUGAGGCCGACAAGGACGCCGCCGCCCAAGACUUGAUUGCCGUCCUCGUCAAGGAGCUCGAGCCCCUUUUCACCUGGGUUGGUCAAGGAAGCGGUCCUUAUUUCGGAGGCAGUAACAAGUUGACGCUCGCUGAGGUCCAAACGGCUCCGUUCCUUCUCCGGCUGCUCGCCUUCACGAAGCCCGAGUAUGGGAUCCUGAGCCCGAAACUCGACGCCCUGCUGGCCGAGAAGGCUCCAAAGUUCAAAGCGUGGGCGUCCCAGGUGGUGCAGGAGCCCAGUGUCACGUACAUUUGGAAUGAGAAGGCCGUAGCUGAUAGGACCAAGGCCCGGUUCGCGAAGCUGGCGGCCGAGAAGAAGCUGUAG